CCAUUUUCCACCAUUCAGUGCGCUGUUGAGUCUGGGAGUGAGAGAACAUCUUUUUUUUUCGUGUCCCUAUACGUGCUGUAGCUUGUGGAUACGUCGAGUGGAUUCGAUUUUUUUUUCGGUUUAAGUUCGAGAAAGGCCCGUCUUCCGAAGCCGCCGGACGUGCGUCUAGCUUGGCGAGCGGCAAGAGCGAGAAAGUGGAAGCGCCGGAGCGAGUGCGUCGAGCGAAGAGCAGGGAAGCCGCGAGCGAGUUUUGAGCUAGUGAAGGCGGCGAGCGAGCGAGCGCGUGAGGGCCUCGAAGGACGUGGAAAGGAGCGUCGCCAGGAGGUCCUGCGCCCGCCCCGAAAGCAGCCGAGAGCGUACUCCCGCCUUGGCAUGAGCUCGUGAGCGAGUGCGUGCGGCUGCGUGCGCGGGCGACCGGACGGGCGGGCGUGCGUGCGUGCGUGCGACGGCGCCGCUUGGCGUGGACGCGAGCGAGGACGCGAGGAGAGUGGCUUGGCGCGGCGUGCCCGGCCAUGACCAGGUGGUAAGGGUGGCGGGCGAUAGCAGCGGGCAUGCGGCGGGGGGGCACGCCCUGACCCACGCCCAAGACACGCCCGCGGCCGCCAUGGGCCAGGGCUCCAGCUACCCGCACCCCGUGCCCCCGCCGCAGCGGCCGGCGUCCCCCUGGGCCAUGGAGCCCCUGCCCGAGCCCGCCCGCAGCCCCCACCAGGUCCGCCAGCGGCUGCACCUGCAGCAGCAGCAGCGCGACGUGCGCGACCAGCUGGAGCGCGAGCAGCAGGAGCGCCACCACCAGCUGCAGCAGCAGGAGGCGCUGGCCGGCUGCUGCGGCUCGGGCAGCCCCGCCGCCGCGGCCGCCACCACGUGCAGCUGCGGCGGCGGUCUCACGUCGACGGCGGCCAUCUACGGUACGGCGGCGGCGCCUGACCCCGCGCCGCACCCCGUGGUGGUGACGCCGCCGCGUGCCGUGCCGCACCACCACCACCACCUGCGGCACCAGCUGGACGCCGCCUCCGCGCUGGCCCCCGGCGGCGGCGAGAGCGCCCUCUGCGCCGAGACGCCGCUGGGCCCGCGCCCAGGCAGCGGCGCGGGAUCCGCCGGCGAGGCGUGCGUGGGCGCGUCGGGCGGCGCCUGCGGAAGCGGCGGCUGCGGCCAUUGGUGCUCGUCGUGCCGCGUGCGGGUGCAGGUGGAGGUGGAGUGCGUGGGUGCGGACGCGCGCCCCUCGCCGCCGCGCGCCGGCCGCCUGCGGACGCUGACCUUCCCGAAGCGGCACCGCCACAAGACCAAGACGCCGACGCGCGACCUGCCGCAGCAGCCCAAGAAGAAGAAGGCGCCGUGGACCUUCCGCCUCAACUGCCGCCUGCGGACGUCCAAGUCGGAGCCCGAGCCCGAGGCGGCGCCCAGCCCCAGCGCCGGCGUCGGCUGCGGCGCCUGCAUGUGCCCGUCGCUGCGCCGCCCCGAGCCCGAGGCGCACCUGCGCCACCACCACCACCUCCCGCACCACCACCAUCUGCCGCACCACCUGCACUCGCACGGGCGCCUGCCCGCGGCGCAGGAGCAGCCGUCCGUGGCCACCGUGGCGAGCGCGGGCGCCGCUGCGGCUGGCGGCGGCGGCGGCGGCGGCGGCGGCGGUGGGAGCCCCGGGGGCGCUGCGGCCGCCACGCCCGUGAUCGACCUGUCGCGCUUCAACCCUGACGCGUUCCCCAUCGAGGACUGGGAGGAGCGGGCGCGGCAGGAGCGCGCGCGCGAGAUGGCCGAGGGCGUGGAGCCGCCGCCCGGGUUCACGCCCGUGCACAGUGCGCUGACGCCGACGCAGCAGGCGCUGACGCACCUGCAGCUGCAGCACCAGCACCACCUCCAGCUGCAGCAGGCGGGCGCCGUGACCACGUCGCUGCCGCUGUCGUACAACUCCAUGCUGGACCUGCAGCUGCUGCUGGAGCGGUCGCUGCGGCUGGGGCUGGGCGGGCCGCGCUCCGUGGCGGCGCCGCUGAGCGAGGAGACGCUUUUGCAGCAGGUGGGGCGGCUGGCGGGCGACGGCUCGCUGCUGCAGCGCACCGUGCACACGCAGGUCGACUACAUCCACUGCCUGGUACCUGACCUUCUGAGCAUCACGAACUGCGCCUUCUACUGGGGCAAGAUGGACCGCUACGAGGCCGAGCGCCUGCUGGAGAACCGGCCCGAGGGCACGUUCCUGCUGCGCGACUCCGCCCAGGAGGAGUACCUGUUCUCCGUGUCGUUCCGGCGCUACGGGCGGUCGCUGCACGCGCGCAUCGAGCAGUGGAACCACAAGUUCAGCUUCGACUCGCACGACCCGGGCGUGUUCGCCUCCGACACCGUGUGCGGCCUCAUCGAGCACUACAAGGACCCGUCGUGCUGCAUGUUCUUCGAGCCCAUGCUGACCAACCCGCUGGCGCGCACCUUCCCGUUCCCGCUGCAGCACCUGUGCCGCGCCGCCAUCUGCUCCACCACCACCUACGACGGCAUCAACAACAUUCGCCUGCCCAAGCCCCUCAAGAACUACCUCAAGGAGUACCACUACAAGCAGCGCGUGCGAGUGCGCCGCCUCGACCACUAGCACGAACCGCUGGUGGUCCUGUAGCGGGCCACGGCGGGCGCAGGCGGAUGCCGGGGCGCGGGCCACGGCGGAGGCCACGGCGGAGGCCAGGCCGGAGGACAGGACGGGCGGAAGGCGUCGGUGCCCAGGAAGAGGAGGAGGAGGCCAGAGCGCGCGCGUCGACGGAAGCUCGAAGGAACAGCCAUUCGCUUGCACCCAGAGGCGGCUGUGCGGAGGAGGAGGUCCACUCGGGCGUUGUGCCUGGCCUUGGCUGGUGCUGUAGAGUCCGCUUGCCCCCCACCCCCCUCCUCUGUCUUCUGUGCGUUCCCUUCCUCCUCCUCCUUUCAUCCAUCCCUCCCUUCCGCCUCCACUCCUCCUCCCCCUUGCCUCACGCAACCCUAGUUACCAGUGCUGUGUUAGAGACGAUUCUUCGUAUGACGCCCAGUGAUCCUCCUCAUGCCUAGAAUACGCUUACUCUGU